GCGGUCAGCGCAUUAGCUGGAGUUCAGGACCAGCUCAUUGAGAAGCGGGAGCCGGGCAGCGGCACGGAGAGCGACACUUCUCCAGACUUCCACAAUCAGGAGAAUGAACCCAACCAGGAGGAUGCUGAAGAGCUGGAUGGGUCUGUGCAGGGGGUGAAACCCCAGAAAGCUGCUUCUUCCACUUCUUCUGGGAGCCACCACAGCAGCCACAAAAAACGGAAGAACAAAAAUCGACACAGCCCGUCUGGCAUGUUUGAUUAUGACUUUGAGAUUGAUCUCAAGUUAAACAAAAAGCCAAGAGCC